AUGACAGUUUUUGGUGUAGCAAGUAAUGCUGACGAGGUAACUGUUAGUAGUAGUGGAGAUACUUCAGGGAUAACUUCAGACUCAUCGAAACCAAGUACGUCAGAUUCAUCAUCGAAACCAAGUACAUCAGAUUCAUCAUCGAAACCAAGUACAUCAGAUUCAUCAUCGAAACCAAGUACAUCAGAUUCAUCAUCGAAACCAAGUACAUCAGAUUCAUCAUCGAAACCAAGUACAUCAGAUUCAUCAUUGAAACCAAGUACAUCAGAUUCAUCAUCGAAACCAAGUACAUCAGAUUCAUCAUCGAAACCAAGUACAUCAGAUUCAUCAUCGAAACCAAGUACAUCAGAUUCAUCAUCGAAACCAAGUACAUCAGAUUCAUCAUCGAAACCAAGUACAUCAGAUUCAUCAUCGAAACCAAGUACGUCAGAUUCAUCAUCGAAACCAAGUACUUCUAGUUCACCAUCAACUAAUAGUUCUGCUAGUACUCCUUCAACCACAACUCAAGCUCCAUCUACUUCCGCAUCGGCUCCUUUUAAUUAUUCACAAGGAACGACAUCAUAUAAUCAAACUUCAACAUCUGUACAAAUACCAAGUUCGUCAGCUGACUCGGAGAAGUCUGUUUAUACUGGUCCGGUUUUAAAAGAAAUUGAUGCUGCUAAGCCGAUUGAAAAAAUUGAUGUCACUAGUACUGAUGCUUUUAUCAAAAGUAUUGCGGAUCGUGUGAGAAUUUUAGCUGGUAAAAAUAAUCUGUAUGCUUCAAUCAUCUUGGCGCAGGCCAUUUUAGAAUCUGGUUCUGGUCAAAGCAAUAUGAGUCAACAAUAUUUUAAUAUUUUCAAUAUUACUGGUGCUUACUUAGGAAAAUCUAUUUCUUUUAAAACAGAAGAAUUUUCAGGAAAUACUCCAUUUUAUAUUGAACAAAGUUUCAGAAUAUAUAGUAAUUAUGAUCAAGCUUUGGAUGAUUAUAUUAAUUUGAUGAUUAAGGGAACAACUUGGAAUUCUGAGAUUUAUGCUGGUGCAUGGAAAUCACAUGCUAAAAAUUAUCGGGAAGCAGCUGAAGCCUUGCAAGGAAUUUUUGCUACUGACCCAGCAUAUGCACAAAAAUUAAUUGAAAUUAUUCAAGAGUAUAAAUUGGAUGCUUAUGAUAAUGUAGAUAGCUCAACUCAAGUCCUGGGUGACAAUAUUCCUACUAGUCCAGUUGUGACUUCAAGAGGUGAUAAAUCAGAUUUUCCCGUAUAUAAUGGGGAACAAUAUCCUGGCUCUGAAAGUUAUGCCUUCGGAAAUUGUACACAAUAUGUCUACAAUCGUAUAAUCCAACUUGGUGGUAAGAUUGGUAACUUUAUGGGAAAUGGAGGAGAAUGGGGAAUCAAUGCUAAAAUUCAGGGUUAUUAUACUACAUCUGUUCCAACGGAAGGAUAUGCAGUAAGUUUUCCUCCAGGAGUUGCAGGAUCUAGUAUUAUAUAUGGUCAUGUGGCAUUCGUAGAAAAAGUAUAUUCAGAUAAUUCUAUUUUAGUUUCUGAAAUGAAUGUAAAAGGGAAUAAUAUCGUGAGUGAACGUCAUAUUUCUGCUGGUGUCGCUGCACUAGCUACUUAUAUUCAACCAAAAUAG